GUUUCUAUCCCAUGUUUGUCAAUUGAAAAGUCGUUUUAAAAAGAUCUACCGUCACUGAACAUUUUUGGGGGGCCAACACGGUCUUUGUGGAGGAAAUGGUCAAGGGAUGGUUCUGAUGAAAGGAUGGAAUUAACCCAACGCGGAAAGUUUGUCUUCCAAGAAGCGGGUCUCUGGUGAAGGCAUGCCUUGCGUUUUGAGCAGAAUUAGAAUAUCAGAAAAUUGGAUUAUGACCUGAUAUGUAGAGAAUGUAGGUAGGUAUUGGGGAGCAAAGCUACCGAAUGCAAGGCUAAUUCGCUUGAUUCGAACAGCGUGGAUUCUUUGUUUCACUUGAUAACCAAUCGGAAGUGCUCUGUACCUGUCUGUAUACGGUCAGCAUUGCAGACUGUGCUCUCAAUACAUCAGAAGAGGUGCUCGGGGGGGGGAAAAAAGACACCUUCCAAACCGAGAGAAUGGUGCUGGAAAGACGGUUUUUCUUCAUGUUCAAAGCACUUUCUCUCCACCGGAACACAAUAAAACUUUUGAUGCAUAUGAGGAAACGAAUAUAAGAAGGACCAAGGAAUUUCUCCUACACAGGCUUUCAGGAAAGUGAUGUUCAUUAUACAUUAUCCCUGCCCUUCCCCUUAGCCUUCAAGUUUAGUUGCAAGAGGACAUCACGAUUGCAGAGAGAAUGCAGAGAACAUCCCUGGCGACAGCGAGACCUGGACUCUUGAGGAGCGACUUCCCCUAGUAAACCCGCUUAUUCGCGAGAUAUGAAGAUGGACUUUAUCAUGUAUCUCGAAAACAAAUCUUGUAUGUUGGAUUUCCCGCUCGAUUAACAUCAGUUAUGAGGGAAUAUCUUCUCGUGUUGUGUACAUGUAUGUAUUCUGGUCGAUCAUUGUUCUCACUGGAGGGAUCGCGUCUAUACAAAAGGCACAAGGGUCCAGGUCAUCAGAGAAUCAACUGCAGAACUAUGCCAUCCAUGCAUAUAGAGAUGGCAUAUCCAGUGACAAUAAUGAGUUACAGAACACUAAACCACAUCACAAGUCAGGAAAGCAAUGUGGAGUUUGGGUUCGGAAUGACAAUGGUGGAUAUUUUGCUUCACCAAAUUACCCAAAUGCUUAUCCUCCCAAUAGAGAAUGUAUCUACAUACUGGAAGCGGCCCCACGCCAGCGAAUUGAACUCACUUUUGACGAACCUUAUAGCAUUGAACCUUCAUGGGAUUGUCGAUUUGAUCACCUGGAGAUCAGAGAUGGACCAUUUGGAUUCUCCCAUGUGAUAAACCGUUACUGUGGUCAAAAAAGUCCAUCACUCAUUAAAUCAUCUGGGAGGUUCUUAUGGAUAAAGUUUACAUCAGAUGAGGAGUUAGAAGGUUUUGGAUUUCGAGCAAAAUACUCUUUUGUACCAGAUCCUGAUUUUAUCUAUCUUGGUGGAAUCUUGAACCCCAUUCCAGAUUGCCAGUUUGAAUUAUCAGGGCCUGAUGGGAUUAUUUAUUCUAGUCAAGUGGAACAAGAGGAGAAAAUAAAACCCGGAGAAGCAAUCGACUGCAUUUGGACAAUAAGAGCCCCGCCAAGAGCUAAAAUUUAUUUACGCUUUCUCGACUAUCAAAUGGAUCACUCUAAUGAAUGCAAGAGGAAUUUUGUUGCUGUGUAUGAUGGGAGCAGUGCUAUUGAAAACUUAAAGACAAAAUUUUGCAGCACAGUAGCUAACGAUCUGAUGCUACAAACUGGAGUUGGAGUGGUUCGUAUGUGGGCUGAUGAGGGCAGCAGGCUGAGCAGAUUCCGAAUGCUAUUUACUUCAUUUGUGGAUCCUCCCUGCCAGGACAACACAUUCUUUUGUCACAGCGACAUGUGCAUCAACAAUUCUUUGGUCUGUAAUGGAGUCCAGAACUGUGUGUACCCAUGGGAUGAAAAUCAUUGUAAAGAAAAGAAAAAGCCUGGCCUCUUUCACCAGAUUACCAAAACUCAUGGAACAAUCAUUGGUAUUUCAUCAGGAAUUGUUUUAGUCCUUCUUGUCAUUUCUGUACUAGUGCAAGUAAAACAACCUCGCAAAAAGGUUUUGGCUCGCAAAGCAGCAUUUAACAAAUCAGGAUUUCAAGAAGUAUUUGAUCCUCCUCAUUAUGAACUAUUUUCUCUAAGAGAUAAAGAAAUAACAGCAGAUUUGGCUGAUUUGUCUGAAGACUUUGAGAACUACCAUAAACUCAGGCGCUCCUCAUCCAAUGCCUCCAGGUGCAUCCACGAUCACCACUGUGGCUCACAGCCACCAAGUAUAAAGCAAAGCAGGACUAAUUUAAGCACAAUGGAUCUUCCAUUUCGGAAUGAUUUCUCCCAGCCACAGCCAAUGAAAACAUUUAAUAGCACCUUCAAGAAAAGCUGCUAUACUUUGAAGCACGCGCAAAACAGUCCAGAACGAGUCAUAGAAGACAGAGUGAUGGAGGAGAUUCCCCCUGAAAUGUACGUACGUGGCAGAAGUGACACUGUCCAGCGUUCAAUGUCCAUUGACUUCUGACAUGGAACUGCUGUGCUGUUACUGAGCACUAUCUUUUGGUCUCUUUUUCUCUUGCAAAUGCUGCUUUGUCACUUUGACAUUUUAUUUGGCAUUUUAAUAAACCCUGAUAAUCAGUUCAGUAACAAAAUAUGUGAAACUGGGGUCACUUUUCCUUGACCCUUCUGAUUGACUAUUUCUGUGAGACAAACUGUUGACAACAAUACUUAAUAACAGGCUGUCUGUGUUCUGAAACUUGCUGAAAUUGUAAUAUUGGUUGGUAAUUACUUACUGUAGAUAUGCUAAAAGAUUUAAUUCUUUGGUUUCCUGCUGUGAUCCCACUAAUUAUUCCAGUCCACUGGAGAGAAGCUUUUCAACUGAAGUAUAAAAAGAUGAGAAGCAGCACCAGAGUUAUAUCAAAAGUCCUUUCAAGUAUCAUUGUUUUUUACUUAAAAAUAAGUAUUAAUUUUAAACCCUGCUCGGCUAUGGUUUUGAAUGGCAGCAUUUUCUACUUGUUAUGGCCUGUUUUUUACAUGUCCGUUUAACACACGAGUUAGAUCAGGUCAUCAACAUAAAUAAAGUUACCAUUCGUGAGCUCAUAGGAUUGUGUAUUUGCCAGUUCAAAUAAAAAGCUUGUUGAAAUGCAAAA